GCAGGAGAAUGGUUUGAUCCAGACUGUUGCAAUGCUUCGGCAGAGCGCAGAUACAUAUUGAAUACAUUACAGCACAGCGGCUUAAUCAUACGCGGCUCUGGAAGGUAUCUCUACAAUGUAAACUGAUGUGUGCUCUUCCUAACGUCCUAACAAGAACGAACACUGCAUCGCCAUCUCGAAAUGCAGGCUGCGACAAACAGUUUCUUCAUUUGUUUCCUCUCCAUACUCGCUCGUAUGUACCAACGUAGGUAGAAACGGGGGCUGUGGAGAAGCGCGGAGCACCUUUACGUGGAGUAAAUCUGAAAGUUAAUUAGACCGCGGGCCUUGCGUGAGUUUACAGACUCGAUUUCCACAUUGAUUUACAGUGUACGAGGAAGUGAGGGGACAGAUUUGGACAUGGGUUGCCUACAAUGAACGUGGAAUUACCUCUAGCUGCAACAUGGCUGCUGCUUAGAUGUUUAGUUUCUGGAAAAGUUCAGCCUUGAGCAUUUGGAAAGUUUUAUAAAUAGUCCACUUUGUAGAAAAAUAACUUUUCUGUCGUGAUACAACUGCGGAUUGAACUGGACUGGAUUGGACGACACUGGGAUUCAGAGCGAGUGAGGCUCGCCGUCAUUCAGUUUUGCUCUCUGCAUGACAGCAACGCAACAGCAAGGGCUUUCCGCGAACAUUCUCGCUUUUGUCAGCAUUGUGAACUUGGUCAAAGACGUUCAGCUUCACUGGAGAAAAUGCAUUUCUCCAUUCCUGAGACGGAGGUCCGCUCCGAUGAAAACGGAUCUUCGUAUGUGGCUUACAAUAUUCAUGUGAAUGGCGUCUUGCAUUGUCGAGUACGAUACAGCCAACUCUUGGGCCUUCAUGAACAGAUAAAAAAAGAAUAUGGAAAUAACGUGGUGCCUGCUUUUCCACCAAAGAAGAUCUUUACUCUCACACCGGCUGAAGUCGAUCAGAGAAGAGAACAGCUGGAGAAGUACAUGCAAGCUGUGCGUCAGGACCCCAUUCUGGGAUCCAGUGAGAUGUUCAACAGCUUUUUGAGGAAAGCUCAACAGGAGACCCAGCAGAUCCCCACUGAAGAGGUGCAGCUGGAGAUCUACCUGUCCAACGGCCAGAAGGUCAAAGUCAACAUCCUCACAUCUGACCAGACCGAGGACGUUCUGGAGGCGGUGGCCUCAAAGCUUGACCUUCCCGACGAGCUGGUGGGAUAUUUCAGCCUGUUCCUGGUUCAGGAGAGGGCUGACGGCAGCUGCACGUACGUGAGAAAACUGCAGGAGUUUGAGCUGCCCUACGUGUCCAUCACCAGCCUGCACAGUUCAGACUAUCGAAUCAUCCUACGAAAGAGCUACUGGGACACGGCGUACGACAGUGAUGUCAUGGAUGAUCGUGUGGGACUCAACUUAUUAUACGCUCAGACGGUGUCAGACAUUGACCGAGGAUGGAUCCUGGUAAACAAAGAGCAGCACAGACAGCUGAAAUCCCUGCAGGAGAAGGGCUCAAAGAAGGAGUUCAUCAGAUUGGCUCAGACACUGAAGUACUACGGCUAUAUCAAGUUUGAUCCCUGCAUCACAGAUUUUCCAGAGAAGGGCUGUCAUGUUAUAGUCGGAGCUGGAAACAAUGAGCUCAACUUCCACGUCAAGCUGCCCAACGAGCAGAUGAAAGAGGGCAGCUUCAAAGUCACGCGCAUGAGAUGCUGGCGGGUCACGUCAUCUCAGGUGCCGGUGGCCAACGGUACCGCAAACCCCAGCAGCUCCAGUAAAUGUGAUGUGAAGCUUGAGCUGGCCUUCGAGUACUUGAUGAGCAAAGACCGUCUGCAGUGGGUCACCAUCACCAGUCAACAGGCUAUCAUGAUGAGCAUCUGUCUGCAGUCUAUGGUAGAUGAGCUGAUGGUGAAAAAAUCUGGCGGAAGCAUUAAAAAGCAGAUGCAGAAGAAGCGACUGAAUGGCUCGUUACAGCGCUCUGACAGUCAGCAAGCUGUGAAGUCUCCUCCAAUACUGGAUUCUCCCGAUCCCAACCGUGAACAAGUAGUCAAACUUUCGACCAAGCUGUCUUCUGUCUCCCUGAGAGGACUUAGUUCUUCCAACUCAGCGGGGGACAUCAGUGGCAAUGACUUUCAUGGAAACUACGCCUUUGAAGGAAUAGGGGACGAUGACCUGUGAUGCAGCCGUCCUUAAAGACCGGAAUGAAGGAGGCAGAUUCAUUUAGCGCUUUCGCUGAGCUGAGUUUCUCUGAGCGUAGUUCAAAAGAUGCCCAGUUCUGCAAUAUCGUAAACCCUUCCAGAAAAAAAAUUUAAUCGCAUCAACAGCUCGAAAUAUUGCUGACAAAGUACAACAGUUUGACUCGAGUCUCUAAUUCGUGAGUGAAUGAGAUCCAGCUCACGUUCAAUUAGUCACAGCAAUUAGAUAUAAACCUUGGAGACUAUGAAAUGAAUCCAGGGCUACAUAUUCACCUCAGGGCGAGUUACUGCAUUCAUUUAGACUGUGAUGAAAGUUUAAUCUUCAGACGGGCUUCAGUGAAUCAAACUUCCUUACUAGAGACACAAAACUGUGCUUUUUUCUCUCAUUUUGUCAACAUCAAGUUUUGCUCUUGCCUACUAGACUAAGAUCCAUACCAGCAAACUGUGUUGAUAUGCUUCUAUUUAAAUCCUUUAUUUCACAGAGAAAAGGAUCUGCUUCAUUUCGUGACUUCUGGCGUGAUAAAUCAGCUUCCUGUUUUCUUCAGGAGAGGUAAUAUUGUGGCUUAUUCAACUUCAUUCAUUGCACAUCCUAGAAAAAUACACAAGUUCAGAAUGAAAGCCACCCUCUUUAUUGUGGCCUACUUUCUGCUGAUUCAACAGUUCAGCUUCUCUAAAUGAAAAUAUAUGUAGCGCCAGACACAAGUUGGCUAAAAAGCUUCUCUCAUUCAAGCCUUGGCUGUGUCUUGAAUCUUGUUUUGGUGUGUUCGGCAGGCCCGCUUGCACUAGCUCAGCUCUUUUUUAUUUUAUUUUUGAAGCACAGUAUUAAGAAAAGAGGGGGAUAGGGUGUGCGUUGAGGUGGGCAAACAUCCUGGAACAUUGGCAAGAGGUUUGCAGAUCUGCCAUUUAUGUGUGCAUUUGAUGUUUGUUCUGUUAUUCAUACCAAUAUAUUAAAAAAGUUUCUCAUAAAUGCCAAAUUAUAGUUCACUAAAGCAUUUUGCACAAAGUAAAAUCAUGGUAAUGUCACUUUUCUUGUUUUUGUUUUUAUAAAUGUUCAUGCAAUUUAAAAAAGUAUUCUGAAUAUGAACUAAUAUCUGUAUUAUCUUUAGUAUAUUACAACCAAUUACCGCUGAUCAAAUAUAUUUCAGGCUGUAUAUAUAUAAAUAUAUAUUAAAAAAAGACUAGAAACUAACAUUUAUCAGUGUUUACAGAAUUGUAGAGAAUUGAAAGUGUUUACAAAUUUCACAUCUAAAUUUGAAUGAUUGUGUAGUACACUUUAUAUAUUUUAUUUUGAAGAAUUAUCAUUCCUGUCCGUCUUUUUUUUUCUAUAAUCCAUUUUGUAUUUUACUAAAUACAUUGUGGCAAUCAUCUCAGAGGACUGUGAUCACAUGGUGCUUGGGAAAUGGCUGUAUUUUACAUUUAUGCUGGGGUUUUGACUGCAUUGAUAGUCAGUGAAUGAAAGGCAUACCCUUCGUAAUAAAUCCACAGCUAUGGAAAAACCAAUUGAGACCACUUGAAAAUGAUCUGGAUUUAUGAUUUAUAUUUACUAUAUAAACUUCUCAUGACCUUUAUUCCAAUUAAAUGCAUUCAUUUAGAGAAUUUUGUAUGCAACAAAAGUGUGCCAUGUUUCUUGACGUUUUUAUUUAUGAUUAGAAAUCAAUACCAACCUCGAAGGAAUUAAGAAGUCAUUAUUUGGUGAGAUAACUCCUGAAUUCCAUUAAAACAUUAACAUCAUAACUGUCAUUAUCUGAUGAAAAACAAAAUGCUUCAAGUGACAAUAUUUCAGAAAUACAUUUGGAAGUUUUAUCAGACGUUUAUAGACUUAAACAAAUGUUUACUCAAACCCAUACCUAUUAAAUCCAGUAAAUCCACUGAAUAAUCUCAGGUGGUCUCUGAACUUUUUCCGUAGCCGUUCGGUUCCUCCCAUGUGCAGAAUGUUUAAUGGUUGAAUGAUUGUUUUUCAACUGACGACUAUAAUUUGUGAUCGCCAUGUUCAUUAUUUUGACCAGCAUCAUCAUUUAGGAUGAAAAGGGCAAACUGUCUUCACUCCUAAAGCUUGUACGUCUGUCAUAAUGCUUAUCAAUAUGAUUUAUUUUUGAAAUCAUCUCUUCAAAUGGAAGAUAGAGCCUUCUGGGUUUCAAUAAAUUUAGGUGCCAAACAACGAU